AUGAACCAUAUGGAGAAAUUCAAUCAUACUAUAGUGACACAGGUAACUGAAUUUAUUAUUUUGGGAAUCACCAAUGAGCCUGGCCUGCAGGUGCUACUCUUUGGAAUCUUUCUCAUUGUAUACUUGGUCACAGUGAUUGGCAAUCUGGGCAUGGUUGUCUUGACCCAUUUGGACUCCAAGCUACACACUCCCAUGUAUUUUUUCCUUAGGCAUUUGUCAAUCACUGACCUUGGUUACUCCACUGUCAUUGGCCCAAAGAUGAUGAUAAACUUUAUGGUACACAAGAACACCAUUUCUUACACAGGUUGUGCUGCCCAGCUGGCAUUCUUUGAGAUUUUCAUCAUCACUGAACUGUUUAUUCUCUCAGCAAUGGCCUAUGAUUGCUAUGUAGCCAUCUGUAAACCUCUUCUCUACAUGGUCAUCAUGUCAGACAAAGUGUGUUGGGGGUUGGUACUUGCUCCCUAUCUCUACAGCACCUUUGUGUCAAUAUUGCUUACAGUUAAGUUGUUUACAUUGUCCUUCUGUGGAUCUAAUAUUAUCAGAUAUUUUUACUGUGAUUGUCUCCCUCUGAUGUCCAUGGUCUGUUCUGACACACGUGAAUUAGAACUGAUCAUUUUGAUCUUCUCAGGGUGCAAUUUGCUGUCCUCUCUCUUGAUUGUUCUAGUAUCAUACAUGUUUAUUCUUGUGGCCAUUCUCAGAAUGAACUCAACUAAAGGGAGGUACAAAGCCUUCUCCACAUGCAGCUCCCAUCUGACAGUAGUUGUCAUAUUCUAUGGGACAUUAUUAUUUAUUUACCUGCAACCCAAAUCCAGCCAUACUUUUGAUGUUGACAAAAUGGCUUCUGUGUUUUACACCGUGGUCAUUCCUAUGCUAAAUCCACUGAUCUACAGCCUGAGGAACAAAGAAGUGAAAGAUGCUGUAAAAAGAAUGUUAACUCAUGGAUUCAAAAUCCCCACUUAA